AUUUCAUUUCAUUUCCUCACAAGGAAAAAGAGAAGAAAGAAAGAAAGACUGAAAACACAACGAAACUGUGUCGUUUGUUUCGUUAUCGUUUUCGUCGAAUUCUUCUUAAUCACUGAGUAGUGAAAUUCGAAACACAACAACUAUGUCUGGUAUUGCUCGUGGUCGGCUUACUGAGGAACGGAAAUCAUGGCGGAAGAAUCAUCCUCAUGGUUUUGUUGCGAAGCCGGAGACAGCAGCUGAUGGUUCUGUGAAUUUGAUGAUUUGGCAUUGUACUAUUCCUGGAAAAGCUGGGACUGAUUGGGAGGGUGGCUACUUCCCACUUACAUUACACUUCAGUGAAGACUACCCUAGCAAGCCCCCAAAGUGUAAAUUCCCCCAAGGUUUCUUCCACCCUAAUGUUUACCCAUCGGGAACUGUUUGCUUGUCUAUACUCAAUGAAGAUAGUGGGUGGAGACCAGCCAUAACAGUGAAGCAAAUUCUUGUGGGCAUUCAAGAUUUGCUUGACCAGCCAAAUCCUGCUGAUCCUGCUCAGACAGAAGGCUAUCAUCUGUUUAUCCAGGAUACCACAGAGUAUAAGAGAAGGGUCCGGCUACAGGCAAAGCAGUACCCAAGUAUUGUCUAGUGCUAUUAUCAACAUAAUCAAGAAACUGUUGUUAGUAUGGUAGAUGUUUGCUCUUUCAUUCUGUCAAAACUGUUUCGUUGUGAUCAUUGGCUUGCAUAAAAUGCAGACACCAAUGUUUCACUAUUCAUGCUUAUUUUCAGAUCUCGAUGAAGUGUUGAUAUUUAAACAAUGUGAAAGUCAACCAAUGAAUACUUGUUGGUGAGACUCUGCUGUGCCUAAUGUUUGUUACUACAUUCCUAAAUGAUUGGAUAAUUACUGUAAUGAAUUAUGACUUCUCUCUCAGGAACUUCUCAUUUCUGGAUGUGUUGUUUCCAUUUUCGAUAUCAA